GUGGCUUCUAGAGUUAGAGAGCAUCUUGCUGAAGACGACGCUGAUCCUACAGUUCCAAGAAUGUCGGCAAACGUUAGUGCGACGGUGAAUGGAACACCAGUAACACUGAACUGCUUGAAUCCAGUAGUAAAGAGGAUUGGUGAAACCUUUUUUUGCGGCCUGUUACUUGUUUUCUCAGUGUCUGGAAGUUUUUUCAUCGCAACGAUUGUCCACAAAACUAGAUCUAUGAGAAAGGCUAUCAACUUUUUCUUGGUAAAUAUGGCCAUAUCCGAUCUUCUGUUUCUGUUUUUCCUUUUUUACAGACAACACAAACGCUCGGCUCCCGGUUGAUCAGCGGUCCUCUUAGAAAUGCGUUGUAAAAGCUGACUGUCUCCUUGGGAGAUAUCUGCUUUAGUGUGUCUAUUCAGAGCCUAGUUUUAAUAGCAUUCCAUCGAUUUGGAGCUGUAUAUUUUUCCCUCCGUCCCCAACUGAUCAGUUCAAAGCUGUGUCAGUUCCUCAUUCUUUUCACUUGGAUCAUCGCUAUUCUUACCAGCACCUCGAUGAAAUAAGUUAA